GCGGAGAGGGGGGUGAGGCAGGGCCGCCCGCGCGGCCUCCAGCGAUGGUGAUCUGUUGCGCGGCGCUGAAUUGCUCCAACCGGCAGGGCAAAGGUCCCCGGGGCCGAGUGGCCGUCUCUUUCCACAGGUUGCCUAUUGCUACUUUCAAAAAACUGGUACAGUUUGAUACUCUCAGAUUGUUUAUUUAUUUAGAAACUGCACAGUUGAAUCCUGUGAUUGAACCGCUCUCCUGGAUGCUGGGCACUUGGCUUUCAGAUCCCCCAGGGGAUGGUACCUUUCCUUCAAUGAAGCCCUUCCAAUACCUUGAAGAAGUGCACAUCUCUCACGCUGGUCAACCCAUGCUGAAUUUCUCUUUCAAUGCUUUCCAUCCAGACACCAAGAAACCAAUGCAUCGAGAAUGUGGAUUUAUCCGCAUCCAACCUGACACUAACAAGGUGGCCUUCAUUAGUGCUCAGAACACAGGAUUGGUGGAAGUAGAAGAGGGAGAGGUAAAUGGGCAAGAGCUUUCUAUAGCUUCCCAUUCAGUAGCAAGGAUUUCGUUUGCCAAGAAACCUCAUGUAGAGCAAAUUACUAGAAAAUUUAGGCUCAAUUCUGAGGGAAAACUAGAACAGACGGUCUCUAUGUCAACUACUACGCAACCAAUGACUCAGCACCUUCAUAUAACAUACAAAAAAGUGAUUCCUUAAAAAGGAGGAUUUGUUUCAUGAAGAAAAAGACAUUGCAUGGAGAGAACUGAAGUAGCUUGAAAGUAAAAUAUGACUUUGCAUCUUCACAACCCAACUCUUGGUUAUCAAGAGUAGAACUGCAGUUGCUGAAGGAGUUUAUUUUCAGUUUCUGUAAUAGUAGACUUACAAAACCAAACAAAAUUGAAAGCCAAUAAAAAAGCUUUUA